UUUGAUUCCCACGACACUGCUCCGUGCCUCCAUCGCUUCUCUUCCCCUUUCUUUCAUUUAUAAACCAAACCCUUCUCUCUCCGUUUCACUCAUUUCUCCUUCUUCUUCUUACCAUGCCCUCUCCCCCGCACGCUGCCAUCUGAAUACCAAUAAAAGGGUAUUUUUCAAAUUCAAUCUUCACUCAAGAUCGCUUAAGCUGGGCUUCUGCAACUACAGAUAUGAGUUCAUUUACUCAUCAACGUGGGAUUUUUUCCCUCUCAAUUAUUUUCCUCCUUGCAUCUCCUUUUGCCGUAGCUCAAACACCUUCUGACUCGCAGGACCCUUAUGGUUAUGCUCGCGUUACUCCUUCCAUGGCUAUAAUCAUCGUCGUCUUAAUUGCUGCGCUCUUCUUGAUGGGGUUUUUUUCUAUUUACAUACGCCACUGCUCCAGCAGCAGUGGUGGAGCGAGCGUGCGGGCGCUAGCAAAUGGGGGUCGCUCCCGACGCGCUGCUGCUUCGCGUGGGCUUGAUCCUGCUGUGAUCGGGACAUUUCCGACUUUGGUGUACUCGGAGGUGAAGGGUCUCAAGAUAGGAAAAGGGGCGCUGGAAUGCGCGGUUUGCUUGUGUGAAUUUGAAGACGAUGAAACGCUGCGUUUAAUACCUAAAUGUGAUCAUGUGUUUCACCCUGAUUGUAUCGACCUUUGGUUAGCAUCUCACACCACGUGUCCCGUUUGUCGAGCUAAUUUGACACCCCAACCUGGUGACCCACCGCCGCAGCUCACCGAUGCGACUCCGGAAUCAGACAUCGAAGCUCAAAACGAUGCCGUAAUACAAUUGGAACCAGAAGUCUGCGACCAUAAUGAUACCGACGGAAAUGUGCUAGUGGCAGCGCCGGAGCCUGAGGUUAUGAGCGUGAACAAAACUUUGAAUAGGAACCGUACACGUGGAUCAAGAUCAGGUAGGCCGCAUAGGUUCCCACGGUCACACUCCACUGGACAUUCUCUGGUCCAACCAGGCGAGAACACCGAUCGGUUCACUCUGAGAUUGCCGACUGAGGUUAGAAAGCAGAUAAUGAAGCGGGAAUUGAACCGGACAAUGAGCAUGGUGGUGUUUUCAAGAGAGAGGAGUUCCAGGAGCGGCUAUAAACCUGGAGGCGAUGGAGGAAGCAGUAGAGGGAAGCAUAAACGGCUUGAACGGUUGGACCAGGGAGCUAAAUCGGACCGAUGGGUUUUUAGUGUUGCUCCACCUUUUUUAGCAAGAGCGUCGUCGUUUUUGACGAGAGCUUCAUCCUCUGUCAGGUCGCCAAAAGUGGCAGCCGCUGACGGAGAAGGGACUUCGGCACGACCGGUAGAGUCGGAUAAUGCGGCUGAACCAAAUCGACCUCCGGUGUGAAGGCUUUUUUUUUUUUGAAUAUGUGAAAAAUGUUUAUAUUAGUUUAUUGAUUUUUAUUAUCUUUAAUGUAUUAUAUUAAUGGAGCAAUAGGAGAGGUGUAGCGAAUUUGAGAAAGUGGAAUUCUAUUUUUGUUAAUUUGAUGAUUUA